AAAGUUUCGGAAACGCGCAAAGUAAAGUAAAUUUUACACAUCGUGAGCUAAAUAUUUACUUUAAACAAUAUUUAAAACGACCACCGGUUUGAAUUGUAAGUAAUAUUUCAUUUUGAAUGCCAAAGAAAAACUGGAUCAUUAAGUUUUAAUAUAUGCUUUCCUGAUUGUGAAAGUUAAUGUGAACAAGUGUUGACGACUGUAAACGAUUACGAAUAAAUUCCACUAAAAUAGUUGUUGCAGAAGUGUAAAAUAUCAAAUUAUUGAAACGUUAAUAUGGAUGCGGAUUUGUAUGAUGAGUUUGGCAACUACAUUGGCCCUGAGUUAGACAGUGAUGAAGAUGAUGACCAAAGCAUUUACGGGCAACAAGAACCGCAGGACGAACAAGACGAGGAUGCUAUGGAUGAAGAGGAGGAGCACCAAGAUGACGAAGAUAAAGAAGUGACGGCGGUUGUAUUGCAUGAAGACAAACGUUACUAUCCCACAGCAAUCGAAGUGUAUGGGCCUGACGUGGAAACUAUUGUUCAAGAGGAAGAUGCGCAACCACUCGAUAAGCCACUUAUUGAACCCAUUAAAAAACUUAAAUUUCAAAUUAAAGAACAAGAACUUCCUGAAACCACGUAUAACAUGGAAUUCAUGGCAGAUUUGAUGGACACACCACCAUUAAUACGAAAUGUCGCACUGGUGGGGCACCUACAUCACGGAAAAACUACAUUUGUGGAUUGUUUAAUACGUCAGACCCAUCCACAAUUCGAACAAGCUGAAGAGCGCACACUUCGCUACACUGAUACACUAUUUACCGAGCAGGAGCGCGGUUGUAGUAUCAAAGCCACACCUGUGACUUUAGUUUUGCAGGAUGUAAAGCAAAAAAGCUUUCUGAUGAAUGUUUUUGAUACGCCCGGUCAUGUGAAUUUUUCGGAUGAAGUGACGGCUGCCAUGCGUAUGUGCGAUGGUAUUGUGUUAUUUGUAGAUGCUGCCGAAGGUGUAAUGCUGAAUACUGAACGCUUGCUGAAGCAUGCAGUACAGGAGAAAAUGGCAAUAACUGUUUGCAUCAAUAAGAUUGAUCGUUUGGUUUUGGAGUUGAAAUUACCACCACAGGAUGCAUAUUUCAAACUCAAACAUAUUGUGGAAGAAAUAAAUGCGUUGUUGAGCACUUAUGGCAAUGGCAAUGACAACUUGCUAGUUUCACCGGCUUUGGGCAAUGUGUGCUUCGCUAGUUCGCUGUAUGGUUUUUGUUUUACUUUGAAAUCCUUCGCAAAACUUUAUGCGGACACUUAUGAUGGUGUUAAUUACGUAGAAUUCGCCAAGCGUUUGUGGGGUGAUAUGUACUUCCACAGUAAAUCUCGUAAGUUUACUAAGAAGCCUCCGCAUAACUCAGCACAACGUAGUUUUGUCGAGUUUAUUUUGGAACCCAUGUAUAAGGUUAUUGCCCAAGUCGUUGGCGAUGUUGACACUACACUCUCCGAUACAUUGGCUGAGCUGAAUAUUCGUAUCACUAAGGAGGAAAUGAAAUCGAAUAUACGCCCACUUUUACGUCUAGUGUGCAAUCGCUUUAUGGGUGAUUUCAAUGGCUUUGUUGAUAUGUGUGUGGAGCACAUUAGUUCGCCACUGGAUAACGCUAAACGUAAGGUGGAUCACAUAUAUACUGGACCGAAAGAAGGCGAAAUUUAUAAAGAUAUGAUGGAAUGCAAUCAAAAUGGCACAUUAAUGGUGCACAGUGCUAAAAUGUAUCCCACAGACGACUGCACAUUUUUCCAAGUUAUGGCGCGUGUAAUUUCCGGCACGUUGCACGCCGGUCACGAAGUGCGUGUGCUGGGUGAAAAUUACACCCUGCAAGAUGAAGAGGACUCCCGUGUUUUGCAAGUGGGUCGGUUGUGGGUAUACGAAGCACGCUACAAAGUGGAGUUAAAUCGUGUACCGGCUGGAAAUUGGGUACUAAUUGAGGGCAUUGAUCAGUGUAUUGUUAAGACAUCCACUAUUGUGGACAUAAAUGCGCCUGAAGACUUGUACAUUUUCCGACCGUUGAAAUUCAAUACACAGAGUAUUAUAAAAAUCGCCGUGGAACCGGUGAAUCCUUCGGAGUUACCGAAAAUGUUGGAUGGCUUACGUAAAGCUAAUAAAUCUUAUCCGUUGUUAUCGACACGUGUGGAGGAAUCCGGAGAGCAUGUCAUCCUGGGCACUGGCGAGCUUUAUUUGGAUUGUGUGAUGCACGAUUUGCGUAAAAUGUAUUCGGAAAUUGACAUCAAAGUUGCCGAUCCUGUGGUAGCAUUCUGCGAGACUGUGGUGGAAACAAGUUCGCUGAAAUGUUUCGCUGAGACACCAAAUAAGAAGAACAAGAUCACCAUGAUUUCCGAGCCGCUGGAAAAAGGACUCGCGGAGGAUAUCGAAAAUGAAGUGGUGUCAAUUAAUUGGAAUAAAAAACGAAUUGGCGAGUUUUUCCAAGUAAACUAUGAUUGGGAUUUGCUGGCAGCACGUUCAAUAUGGGCAUUCGGACCAGAUGCAACUGGACCAAACAUUCUGGUUGAUGAUACACUGCCAUCCGAAGUAGAUAAAAAUUUACUUACCUCGGUUAAGGACUCUAUAGUACAAGGUUUCCAAUGGGGUACGCGUGAGGGACCGCUUUGCGAGGAGCCCAUACGUAAUGUGAAAUUCAAAAUAUUGGACGCUGUAAUAGCUGGCGAAGCGUUGCAUCGUGGUGGUGGCCAAGUCAUACCCACAGCACGUCGUGUUGCAUACUCAGCUUUCCUCAUGGCUACGCCGCGUUUAAUGGAACCGUAUUUGUUCGUAGAAGUACAAGCGCCAGCCGAUUGCGUGUCGGCUGUAUACACAGUUUUAGCCAGAAGGAGAGGUCAUGUAACACAAGACGCUCCAGUUUCUGGUUCACCUCUCUACACCAUUAAAGCAUUUAUACCAGCCAUUGACUCGUUCGGUUUCGAGACCGAUUUACGUACACAUACACAGGGACAGGCCUUCUGCUUGUCCGUAUUUCAUCAUUGGCAGAUUGUACCAGGUGAUCCGUUGGAUAAGUCUAUAGUGAUAAGACCAUUAGAGCCGCAACAAGCUUCGCACCUGGCGCGUGAAUUUAUGAUAAAGACGAGACGUCGCAAGGGCUUGUCAGAGGAUGUUUCUAUCAACAAAUUCUUCGAUGAUCCUAUGUUGUUGGAAUUGGCGCGACAAGAUGUGCUCCUCAAUUAUCCGCUAUAAAAUAUAAAAUUUUGAUAAGACAUUUCAAUAAACUAAAUAGCGAUUCGUGCUAUAAAAAUAAACUUUGUAAUUGGUUAAGGGCGUUUAAAAGCUUUAAAAAGCUAUUAACAUCUUUCUGUAGCUUAAAGCUUUGUAAAACCACUUUAAUUUUAUAAAGCUUAACUAAUUGGAUUUUCCAACGGUAGGGUGCGCUGGUCAACCAUUGCAUGGUGAGGAAAGAACUUUUUAAGGGGUUUUAUAAAUCUAACUAAUAUUUACGAAUGGACGUCCAAAAUUGUUUUGUAAAAUCAUAGAUCAUUAUCAGACAAGCUCAAGUUACACACUAUAAUUGGAGAAACCGAAAUGUAUCCACAUAUGCACCCUAUUAAUAUAAUUUAAGGUUAGCUGUUUACUUGAGGCCAUAAAAUAGUUACUAAAUCACAUUUGAAACCGAGCAUUGUAGUUGUACAGUGAUUGUAUUUCAAUUUCGAUAACCAUCACAUUGUCAUAGCAAUCAGUUAUUAUUACGCCGGCCCUUGACGGGUGAAAUCUGGAGCAAUUCCGGUAACGUAAAACCGACUGUCGUCGGCUUAUUACGGUAAUUGUUGUCGGCUGUUGUUGUUGUAGCGGCAAAAAACAUUUCUCUUAAAAAAAUACGAGGAUUGAUGCCGAGUUGACAGCCCUUGGUGAGAUUAAAAACCGGGUCCGUUCCGGUUACUUAGAUCCUACCGUCAUGGGAACAGCGAUUUUCAUCGGCGAUUUAGUUCUUGCACAAACUGUAUUUUGUACGUUUUCAAUCAAUGAUCUCGACGUAAUAUGCGCCAAGUCGUUUCAUACGUCAGUCCGAGUUCCUGCGAACGGUGUCGAACCGACUAUCUACGAUCUUCGUAUAUAUACACUCUCAGCUGCGGCUGCUAUAUUUUCUUCACUGCCUGCUGGGCAUGGUCUAUUCGGUAAAAUAUUAUCCAAUAAUGAAUGCUGGGUCUUAAAAUGGGUAAUGGUGUUGAAAAAAGUACCACGACCACCCGUUAUUAUGUAAGUUCAAAAAAAUUAAAAAAAUUAUGGACUUUUACUUACUUACUUUUUUCAUUUUACAACAAUGAUAUGUAACGUUUUUCUGUCAAAACUUGAUUCGGUCCAAUACCCAGCCGUGUGCAGUACAAUAUAAUUGAUCUCCAAAUUUAUUGUUCUUUGAAAUGUAUUUUUUUAAAUAAUAUUUAACUACUUUCAGUAUUUUUUUUGUGAAAUACUUUACGGCUUGACCUCAUAAAGAUAAGUAAUAAGUUUACUAUUCGAAACCAUCAGCUUUUACUAUAUCUCCAACUAGCUCUUUGAGGGUUAAGAAAAAUCUCCAAAUUGCAGCAAGUAAAAAACAAUAUUAUUUUUGGUUUGUACAAAAUAUUUGCAACUUUAGUUUAUUUGUUUUUUUUUAUACUAAAUGUUUUAUGCUUAACAAAACAUUACAUGCAAAUUACAUUGUAAAGUGAACAACAGCAAAAUUAAUUAUUGUUCUGAAAACAUUACAGUAGGGCGAAACGUCGAUCAACUCCA